AUGGUCGACCUGGCUUUCCUCAAGUCCGGCAAGAAAAAGGUGCAUCCUUUAGGCGAUGGAGGCGGCGGCGGCGGCCGUGAGGACACGAAGAAGGAGCCACCGCGCGUCACCAUCAGAUCCGCCGUCGCCGGUUUGAUCCAUUCCAAGAGGCCUCUGAAGGACGGUGAGGAGAGCCAGCGAGGGGAAGAAGAAGAAGAUCACCAGGAUGAGUCCUCAGACACAGACAUGAGCGAGCUGGGGGAGGAGGAGAGGGCGUUCUUUGAGGACCUGAGAAGGGUGAGGAAGGGAGAGCUGAUCUCCGCCGCGAGAGUCGAUCUCCGCAGGAGAUCCGCCCUCUCGCGCCUGCUCAGCCUCAUCGCCAGGAAGAUGAUGGCUCCUUCCCACUUGCGCCGCGGUGCAGGCUGCGGCAUUUCCACCACCAGGCCUUCGCCGGCGGCGAGGAAGGCGACACCGUGCAGAGGAGAGGGAGCGCUUUACGAAAAGACGGUGCUCCUGGGCAGACGUUCCAGGAGAAGGUAA